AUGCCAGGCGCUGCGGUCAACGUACUCAUUGACGGCAGCGUCCUCGAGGGCGGCGGGCAGCUCGUCCGCAACGCCGUCACCCUCGCUGCGCUUCUCCAGAAACCCAUCACCAUACAAAACAUUCGUGCUCACAGGGACCCUCCAGGUCUCAAGGCGCAGCACGCCACAGGACUCAAGCUCGUCGCAGAUAUCUGCAACGGCGAGCUGACAGGCUGCGAGCUCGGCUCGUCUACAGUGCACUUCCGCCCAGGCCCAAUCCGCAGCGGGAGCUUCCUCGCCGACGCACGCACGGCAGGCGCGACGACGCUACUCCUGCAGAUCGCGUACCCGUGCCUCGUCUUCGGCCCCGCGCCGAGCUCGCUCGUGCUCCGUGGCGGGACGCACGCGGCGCAUGCCCCACCCGCGGACUACACCGCGCAUGUCUUCCUCCCGUUCGUACGCGCGCACCUGCACCGCGGCGUGCAGCUCGCCGUGCGCCGCCACGGCUUCUUUCCCCGAGGCGGCGGCGAGCUCUGCGUGGACACGGAGCCCACGCCUGCAGGCCCGCUCCCCGCGGUCACGCUCACGGCGCGCGGCGCCCUUGUCGCGGUACACGGCAAGGCGUACGUCGCGGGCCACCCCGAGGCACAGGCACAGACGAUCCGCGACGGUGCGCACGCGCGGCUCGUCGCCGCGGGAGUCGACCCCGCCAUCAUCAGUAUUGCGGCCAUCCGCGAGGAGGCGACGAACGCCGUCGGCAAAGGGGCUGGGAUCGUACUGUGGGCCGAAACUGACGAGGGCUGUAGGCUGGGCGGAAGCUCGGUUGGUGCGCGUCGCUGGGACCCCGCGUCUCUAGGGGAGGCCGCGGCAGACGAGCUCCUGCGAAACAUCGAGCACGGCGGUUGCGUGGAUGAGUAUCUACAGGAUCAAAUCAUUCUCUUCUUGGCGUUAGCUGAGGGGAGAUCAACUGUGCGAACGGGGCCUUUGAACCUGCACACCAAAACGGCGAUGUAUAUCGCAGAGCAACUCGCGGGCGCGACUUUCUCCGUCCAGGAAGAGGCAGAUGGGACCGUGCUGCUCUCGUGCGAAGGGAUAGGAUUUUCGGUAUGAUCCUACACCAGACAACUGUAUACUACUAAACUGGACGCUCAAUUCUAAUGCAUACCCCACCAUAUUUUUCUGUGGCCGAGCGUCCGCGAAGACAAGAGACGGCCGUACUUCAAAGCUCCAUAACAAGCCUCUCAGCCCGCUCCGACCGUGGGGUGAUACGACAGAGGAACGGCUCCGGGUGGCUUCGCGGUCCAUGAUCAACCCAUCUCCCUCCGCACGAACCCAAAAAAAGACGCACCUGGUGAUCGCCUGCGUGAAAUUCGCCUCGGGCACGAUGUCACGUCCAUACGCGUCCUGCACGGGCCCGAUAUCGAACGCCGCAAGCACGCAAGCGAUGACGAUCCACAGGCUGGCCUCUGCGAGGUGGCGCCCGGGACACGCCCGCCGCCCGAAGCCGAAGCCGAGGCCCGUCGGCGCAGGCUCGCCGUGCAGGUACCGCGCGGGCCAGAAGCGCUCCGGCGCGCUGUACACGGCGGGGUCGAGCGCGAGCGCGCUGGUGCGGAGCGGGGAGUCAGCAAUCAUGUGGGGGACGGGUGAAGGACGGAGCAGGGAACGCACGCCGUGUUCACGAUGAGCGUCGCGCCCCGUGGGAUGAACAUGUCCCGGUACACGUCGUCCUCCAUCGCGCGGUGCGGGAUGCUGAGCGGGAGCGCGGAGUGGAACCUGCGGGCGGUGGCACGCGGGCCUGUGAGCGUGGCUGGCGGGCUAUUGGGGCACCGCGACAUUGGACGCACCGGAUUGUCUCGUUCAGGAGACAGUCGACGUACGGCAGCGCGUCUCUGUCGUCGAACGUCGGGAGCCGGCCUGUGCCGAUGACGCGGUCGAUCUCCUCCUGGGCCUGCCUGACCGCUUCGGGGUGGCGCACGGCCGCGAGCAUGAACGUCAGGAGUGUCGACCACGUCUGCGGGCCUCAUCCGUGAGCGCGCGUGCCCCUUUGCGUCGUAUCCUAUGCGCACUCACCGUGUCUACGCCGCCCGUCCACAUGUGGGCAGCCACGAUCUUGAGCGCCCGGAUGGCCUCAGCGUCGCGUGUGCCAUUGCACGCCAUCUCCUCGAGGUGCAUCGAGACGAAAGACGGCUGGGCGGUGCCGGCGGCCUGCGAGACUCGGCGUGAACGCCGCGUUAGAAUCGGACGAGACGUGGCGAAUAGAGACUCACGAGUUGUUCCUCGACCUGUUGGAAGGGUUUUGUGCUCAUUUCCCACAUCAGGUGGCGGUUCUCUACAGCAGGUGAGAGUAA